AUGACGACGCCAAUAACGAUGAGUCCUCUUGGAAGCACGAAAAAGCCGAGGCAAAGGAUGACGAAUCAAACGAUAAACGCGUCCUCCAUCCAACACCAACGAGAAGAACAAGACGAUGAGAUGAAGAAGAAGGAAAGAGAUUGGGAUUCCGAAGGGAUCAAAUCCUCCUCUUUUAAAGGCACAAUAUCGCCAUCGAAUGGAUCAUCGUCGAGAUGGUGGUUCGUGCGUCAAACGAUGGUUGGAUUGAAGUCCUUACUCGACGUGCGAGGAAUACACACAGAGAGACACGACGGGUUAAAAAACUCCUACCAGGAGAACUUUAAAACGGUUUUGUUUGGGACGAAGUUGAACGCGUUACUCCUGUUCGCUCCCUUAGGGAUAGUAUGCCGCGCGUUCGAUUUCGGCGACGGGCCGGCGUUUGCGUUCGCGUUAUUGGCGCUGUGUCCUCUCGCGGAACGGUUAGGGUACGUCACCGAGGAAAUGGCCAAGCACACGUCGCAAACGAUUGGCGGAUUAUUGAACGCGACGUUCGGGAACGCGACGGAGAUGAUUGUUUCCGUCUUCGCGCUGAGAGACGGGUUGUUGAGAGUGGUGCAGUUAUCUCUGGUCGGGUCGAUCUUUUCGAACAUGCUUCUCGUGUUGGGGUGCGCGUUUUUCGCCGGCGGGGUGAAGUGGCCGGAGCAAAGAUUCAAUAAGAACGGCGCGAUGACGAAUUCGUCUUUGUUGUGUUUAGCGGUCAUGGGGGUGACGUUGCCGAACGCGUUGCACGCGACGCACACGGAGUUACACGGAACCGCGUCCGAGUUGGCUUUGAGUAGGUUUUCGGCGACGCUGUUGUUGAUCAUGUACGUCGUGUUUUUAUACUUUCAGUUGGUCUCGCACACCGAUUUUUUCGAGGACGAACCCGCUUCUACGGAAAACAACGGCGAGACGAAAGACGAUAGUUUUAUUAGCAAUACUAGUAAGAAGAAGAAGAAGGACGACGACGAAAACGAUCACAACGAAAUAGAAGAAGAAAAAGACGACGACGAUUCAGACGACGACGACGACGAAGAUCCGGAACUCGGUUUCACCGAGGCCAUUUACUACAUGGCUGCAAUCACCCUCUUCAUCUCCAUUCUCUCCGACGUUAUUGUCGGCACCAUCGAAGGUGCCGCCCGGUCCUGGAACUGCCCGGUGGCGUUCAUUUCCGUCGUCAUGUUACCGAUUGUCGGCAACGCCGCCGAACACGCCUCGGCGGUCAUGUUCGCUUUACGCAACAAAAUGGACAUCUCCAUCGGCGUCGCCAUCGGCUCGAGCACCCAAAUCGCCAUGUUCGUCUUCCCGUUUUGCGUCUGCGUCGCGUGGGCGAUGGACAAACCUCUCGAUUUGAACAUGAAAGUCUUCGAAACCGUCUCGUUGGUUUUAUGCGUCGUCACCGUGACGUUUUGCAUACGAGACGGGAAAGGAAACUGGUUGAAAGGUUUGACCUUGAUUUUAGCGUACGCGAUUUUAGCGGCGUCGUUUUUCUUCCACGCCGAACCUCCGGCGGAAGGGUUAGCCGGGACCAGCCGGUUUCGCAUCGAUGGAUGA